AUGGUGAGAAAAUAUUUUGUGGUCCUUGGACUUAUCGCUGUAGCCCUUGCAUCUCCAUUUUCAGUAUCUGGAAUCAGUUCAGGUGGUUUUAUGGCUGCUCAGAUGCAUGUUGCAUUCUCUGCAGAUUGCGUAGGUGCCGGAGUCAUUGCAGGAGGUCCUUUCUACUGCGCCCUUGGCUCAGAGGUAACUGCAACCACUGCUUGCAUGUCAUCCCCCUACCUUCUUAAGCCUUCUUCUUAUGUACAAUACGCCAACGAGCAGGCUGAAAAAGGAAACAUCGAUGCUUUAAGCAACUUGAGCUCAAACACCAAUGGAAUCUGGAUUUUCUCCGGCCAAAUGGAUACAGUUGUCAACCAGAAGGUCGUAAAGGCCCUCCAAGCCUUCUACCAGAACUGGGUAAGUCCAUCCAAAAUUGCCACAGUUUAUGAUGUCUAUGCCGAACAUUCAUGGGUGACUAAUAACGCAGGAAACCCAUGUUACUAUCUUGGAUCUCCUUACAUCAACAACUGCAAGACCGACGCAGCUGGGCUCAUUCUUAAGCAAAUCUACGGAAAUAUUGCCGCCCCAACCACAGCGGUUUCUUCAAACCUCAAGAGCUUCGAGCAGUCCAACUUUGUUGACGUCAGCUCUGCAGUGAUGCUAAACGAAGGGUAUGUCUACGUACCAACUUCUUGCCAGUCCAACCCUACAAGCUGUAAAGUCCAUCUUGCAAUUCACGGCUGCCAGCAGAACUAUAAUACAAUUGGAAAUAAAUUCCUGGUCGAAUCAAACCUCAACGGGUAUGCUGAGGCCAACGGGAUCAUCGUGAUUUACCCACAAGUAGACAGCAACAUGAUUAAGAACCCUGAAGGCUGCUGGGAUUGGUGGGGAUAUGCAGGAUCUGACUAUGCACUCAAAUCAGGCGUCCAGAUGGCCGCUCUUUAUAAAAUGACCCAAAACGUUCAACAACUGAUUAGCAGUGCUCAAUCAGUUGAGUGGGAGUUAUAA